CUCUAAUAUUUUUCCGUUGCUUGUUAAUUGAUUAGUGAAGUGUUUGAUUCGGUCGGUUGUGGGUGGUGAAUAUGUGGAUUUCAAUUGUCUCUAAACUUCAUUUUGUUGGUUGUUUUCAGUUGAUCAACUAUGGAAGGGUUGAUGGAUGAUAUGAGCACAGGCAAGGACACGGGAAUUGACUUGAAUGUUGAUUUAGAUUGGGGAAUGGAUUAUGGAGAUGAUACCGGUGGUGUUAGAGAUAGUGACAAUAUGGAGGACAAUGUCGACACCAGUGAUAGUGAUUCUGAGGAUGAUAAUAACACUAACAUUGGUGAUGAUGAUAAGGAGAACAUCUCAGAUGAGCAUUUGCACAGCUUCGAAACACAGCCACACAGCUCAGAUGCACCUCUACACAAAGAUGCUGCAAAUCCAGCCAUGGCUCCACCGUACUCGAGUACGUAUGACUCGACCCUGCUUGAUAAAGUCGGGAAUGGGAAGCCAUAUUCUAAAUGGGAGUCGGGUGAUGUUGUGGGUUUUGAGUUUGAAACCCUUGUGGAGGCUGGCAAGUUCUAUUCAACUUAUGGUUGUGCCAUGGGAUUCAGCGUAUGAAAGAACACUCACACAUAUUCAAAAUAUGGAGUUAGAAAUAUGCAGUGAUGGGUUUGCUCAUGCGAGGGGGAGCGUCAGCCAGUGCACAAUGACAAGGAGAACAGAAAGCGUGAACCUAGGCCUGUAACAAGGCUCCAUUGUCCGACUGCUUUCAAAGUCAGUUUUCUUGAGGCAACUAACCGAUUCAAGGUGAAGCAAUUUGUACCAACACAUUUUCAUCACUUAGCUGGAGCACAUGAAGUGCAGUUUUUGAGUUCUCAUCGCAAGGUAGAUGAAGCAAGUAAGGCUCAGAUUCGAUCACUUAGGGCUGCUGGUGUUCGCACCAAUCAAAUCAUGAAUUAUCU